AUGAUGCACAAAGUCCUUGCAAGUCAUACGAAAUUGAACAAAGGACUACUUACGCCGUUACCUGUAGAGAGGUCACAGGGCAGUGUCUCAGCCCUCGUAGCUCGGUUCCAGACAGCUGCCAACCGCGAUGCGGAAGCUACCGCUCGAGAAAACCGUCGAGCAAGCUUACAGCCUGGAACCGGCACUGGAACAUUAGGUAACUCACGUAGAAUAUCUUCAUCGGGAUUAUGGUCAGCUUCACCUAGUCCUAGUCCGGGCACCACACCGAGAUUAGGUGAUAGUACGACUUUGCCCAGUGUCGAGGGUACUGCUUCUGCUUCUGUUCAGAAUAAAUCGGAUGGUACAGAGGACAUCCCGAAUGACGAUACUUCUACCUUGGACAGUAAGAUAGAUAAGUUAGAUAUCAAGGAGCAAACUACACCGGAGAAACAGAAAGCCAAACCGUCUCCUGCCCCUGUAGAGAUCAAGGAAAUCUAUGAUAUCAAUACCAGUAGCAGUCCGUCUAGACCCCCUAAGUCGCCUAAACGAUUAUCUACAGCCGGGGAAGAUGUCAAUGGGAUGACUGCUUUGCCUGUACCUGUAGCCCCACUGUCUGAGACACCGAAACAACCUGAUGUAGAAGAACCCAAUAAAACUGCGAAAUCAAACGAUAGCCCUGCCAAAAAGAAAGGAGGAGACAUAAUCCAAGAACCCAUAUCAAUAACUGCUAAACCCACUACCACUUCUACACCUACAAAAAAACCUUCGUCAUCCUCUAUCGGCUCUGCAACCAAGAAGACAUCCUCCUCAUCUUCAGCCACAACCAAAACACCCCUUCCUACCUCCACAUCCACAUCCAAAUCCUCCGCUACCACCAUACCAAGAUCGCGUCUUUCCACCGGCCCUGCUCCAAGUACCACCACACCAGCCAGAGCACGUACCUCUCUAGGCCAUCAAUCUACCACCUCCAGCUCAGCCAGCAAGCGACCACCGUCCACUGCCAUUCCACCGGUGGGACGUACCCACAAACCACUCGUUCCAUCUCAUACCGGUCCAACCCACCGUACUCCCUCUUCGGAGAACCAAAGUCAUACUGUACCCAGUCCCUUGAAACCUCACUUGACUGGAACGCCCUCGAAACCCACUGCGUCAAGUUUAGCCAAAGCUCGAAUCCCAUCUGGACCGCUUUCCUCCCCUGGAUCAUCUAGGGGUAAGAGGGAAUCACUCAGUCUAGGUCGGUCAAAUGGGAGGAAUAGUAUAGGAGAAGAAAAAGGAAGGAGUAGUCCAGCUUCAGGCGAAUCGAAAGAUACAUCCACGCCGUCUAAAACUUCCAGUACUGGUCAAGGGACGGGAAGUAGGCUGUUGCAAGGUACUGCUGCUUCCAGAGCUAGAUCAGCAGGUGUACAACACCACGAAUCACCUUCGAAAACCGCAUCUACGCCGGUGAAAAAUUCUACGCCCAAGACUACCUCGACAAAGUCAACUGGGACACCUUCGACAUCUUCCACUAGAACGCCAAUUACUACUACUAGAGCUAAGACGCCCGCUUCUUCCACAUCAGCUCCACGAGUCCGCGUCCGACCUCAAGCGCAGAAUUCUGAUACACCUUCGAAAGGCACGAACACGCAUAUCCAUGAAGCCAAGACUCCAGCUGUAGGUAAAUCGCCAAUUGGACGACUUGGAUUGGCAGCUGCUGGGAUGAAGAGACCUGAGGGACCGAUGAGUGAAGUAGGUGAGAAAGCGAGAGAAGAAGGGAAGAUUGGUGGGAUCGAUCAGAAAAUCUCGGGUCAGGCAGAGAAAGAUGAGGAUGGUUUAGAGAUAUUGAAAGAUGAUGACCACCAUGAGCCAGAGGAACCGGAGAAGGCAGCGGAGGAAGAAUUGCGAGAAUUGACUGAAAGUGUAUUGAAGUCAGGACCUCCUGAAGAUGAUGGAGCAGAAGGAGAAGAUGCAAGUGGAGAGAAAGCACAACGGGAUCCGGUAGAUAGGCCGAGAACACCCUCACCUACGCGAGAAAUAGAGAAGGAAAAUGGAGCAACUCCAGAAAAGGUAUCGGACAGUUCGGGAACUUUAGAUGUAAAUAUCAACAAAGAAAAGGAGAAUUGGGAUCAGGAUGGUAAGGUGGAAGUUGGUGAUGAGAGCUUGGAGGAGAUACCUGACAUUGAAUAA